AUGCGUCCCUUGAUUCUCGGUGCCGUUCUUCUGGCUCUUGGGCCCCAGGGUGUAUUUGCCCACCCUGGCCAUAACAUUAACGAGGAGUUGCUCGAGCGUCGGUCUUUUCUUCAGUCCAUCGAGCACAGAUCUCUCGCCCAUUGCGCCCCCAAGCUGAAAGAUCGCGGGAUCCAUGAACGUAAUGUCGCCCGUCGUGCGGCGCUGUUGGAGCAACAUCGAGAGAAGCGCGGCUUGAAGAAACGACAGGUUGAUGAUCCGCUCAACACCGACCACAACAGAACGGACCUCGGUUACACGCCCGAUACUGACCCGGAGACUCUCUUCGCCGGGCAAAACUCCUGCGUACUUACACCCGAUGUCACCCAGGGUCCCUACUAUGUUGGUGGGGAAUACGUCCGAACCGACGUCGUCGAGGAUCAACCCGGAGUGGGGCUUGUACUGGACUAUCAGGUCAUUGACGUCGAGACCUGCGAUCCCAUUCCAGACGUCUACCUGGAGAUAUGGCACUGCAAUGCCACGGGUGUCUACUCGGGCGUCGUGGCUUUCGGCAAUGGUGACCUGUCAGAUGAAGACAACAUCAACCAGACCUGGCUUCGCGGCAUCCAGCCGACGGAUGAGGAUGGCGUUGCGCAGUUCGAGACCAUCUUCCCGGGCCACUAUGCCGGUCGUGCCACCCAUAUCCACCUCUUGGUACACACCAACGCAACCCUUCACGAGAACAAUACGCUGGGCAACGAGGUCUACGCAAGCCAUGUCGGACAAGUCUUCUUUGACCAGGCCCUUAUUGAUACAGUCGAAAAAGAGGAUCCUUACCCUCUGAACAGACAGGCGCUGACGCAAAAUGCUGACGACUGGUUCCUGCUUGAGGAGGCCAUCGUGGACGGUGUGGACCCCUUCAUGGAAUACGCACUACUCGGCGACCGUAUCUCGGACGGCAUUUUCGGCUGGUUGGCUUUUGGUAUCAACAUGACCCAUACGCGAAGCAUUACCCCGGCUGUUCUUCUGUACGAAGAAGGAGGGGUUAGGAAUCCCGACGCCGCCCCUCCUUUUCCUCCUUUCCCCGGGCCUCCGCCUACCGGAAGCAACAUUGAUGACGAAACAACUGACGCUAGCUAA